UCGGAUAGAAAGAGAGUUAUGAAUGUGGUAGAAGUAGAACUCUUAAAAAACUCUUUUGUAAACUCUGUAAAACUGUGAAAGUAUCAUCCCUCCGCCUCGCAGUCGUCACCUUACAGCCUCCGGAGACUUUUACACACCAAUGUCGUUGGGACUAACGGUCGUAAAACGCGCCGUCGUUGAAUCCCGGCGCAUGCUAGAAGAGUACCGAAGCUUCAGUUACAUCUCCACGAUCUCUUCCUCCUUUGAAACGGCGUCAUCAAUCGCCCUACCGAUUCACCGCCGCUUGUUUUACCGGGAUUUUAUCAGGAUCUGUCAUUGUUGACGAGAAUUUCAGUUUCGGUUUCUCUUUCAGUGGAUCCAUGGAGCUACUGGCUUUUGCCUAAGAAGAAGGAUUUCUAAACACAAGAGGGGGAUAAGAAAUGGACCAAAGGCCCUUUUAAACCUACUCCCGUGAUCAUCCGUUGCAGGUUUCAGAUCAUUCUCUGAGUUGUGGGCGAGUUAAGCUGCCACAUUUCUAUUGCUGCAGCGGUGAGCGGUCAAUUCCUUGAUGAGCAUAGCAAUUCAAACAACUGAUCCGUAGUUACCAUAUGAACAGCCUUUGCUAAACUUGGACCAAGUCUUCUCUGUUUUGGCAUAUCAUUUGGAUUCCGAAAAAUCAAAAUACUGUUAUGUUAUAAGUACACUUGCUUAGAGAUUACGACCAUUUAAGAAGGUUUUGCACAAGUAAUUUAGAGGAUUUGCAAAUUGCAAUUUACAAAUGCAGUUGUGAAGUAAAUUGUAUUUUGAUUGGUGUAAAGCCUUAUAGAAGUCUCCUCCACUGCCAAGUUACGCGGUUUCACUGCCACACUGAAGCUUACGUAGCAACACGUGUCAUGCUCUGGUGGGCUAAUAAAUUGGUCAACCCGUAUCUAUUCUAUGAUUUGCUUUUGCUUCCUUCCAUCAGUUUCGGCCGCAACAGAUUCAACACGCAUUCCAUUUAUCGUUCGGCACGUGGUAGUCACAGAAGAAUCCAACGGCUGUGGAAUAAAGGAGGAACAAGUUCUUAAGCAUGAUCUCUUGCCGUAAACCAUCUAAUACAAGGCACCGCAAAAUACUGUAGUGUCAGUCGGCGAGACUUAAAGAGUUAAGGCGUUUCGAAUUACCGACGUCUCCUCUCCCUUUGUCUUCUUCCUUCUCCCUCGUUAAUGGCGGAAAAAUCGAAAUUGCAGAGAAGCUUCUAUCAUCGAGCUUAGUCUUAACGUUUCUUCCUGAUCAAGGCUGAUAGAGUUUGGUUGAAUUGAGGAUACACAAAAAAAAAGAUGAAGUUCGGGAAAAUAUUUAAGAAGCAAAUGGUGCCAGAGUGGGUUGAAGCUUAUAUGGACUACAAUGGUAUGAAGAGGAUUCUAAAAGAAAUACGUAGCUACAAGCACAGUAAGCUGACUAGAGCAGCGUCGAGAGUUUCGCGGCAGGCGGAAGCUUUGCACCGUUCGUUUAGUGGUUUGUCGUUUCAUCCUAGGCACAAUGAACAUGCUGGGGACAUUGAGGACCAAGUCAUAAAAGUUGACACGGUGCAGCAAGAUGAUGAGUCUCGUCAAUUCUACAAGACUAAGUUUCUAAAGAAGUCUGAAGAAGGUGGAGAGUUUGAAGAAUCUUUCUUCAAGAAGCUCGAUGAGAAUCUCAACAAAGUUAACAAGUUUUACCGGGAUAAAGUCGAGGAAGUGCUGGAGGAAGCGGCUUUGCUAGAUAAACAAAUGGAUGCAUUGAUUGCGUUGAGGGUCAAAGUGCAAAAGCCUGAUGCAGAUAACCUGAAUUUGGAGAAGCAUCCCUCUGAUAAAGUCGUUGUAGAUGCAUCUGAUAGCUCAACAAGAACACCGGGCACUGCGAACAAAGAUAUGGUACACGGUAUGGAAAGAACUAACAUUCCUGAAGAAGAGGCCACACAUAUUGCGGCUGAUAUUGUCCCGGUUUCUCAUACUGAUGGAAAUGAAGAGGAAGCUGGUAAUGGUGAAAAGCAGGAUCUUCGUGAAAUACUAGAGCGUGUGAAGAUGAAUGAUGCGCUUGAAUCUCCUAUUUCUACAUUAAAAGGAGUUUUUGGAGAUUCUAAUGAACCAAUCUCUAAGAAAGGAUUGAAAAAAGCAGAAGAACAGUUGAGGCUUGUUUUUAGUGAGUUCUAUCAGAAACUCCGUCGUCUGAAGGAAUACAGUUUCAUGAAUCUUCUGGCAUUUUCAAAAAUCAUGAAGAAGUAUGAGAAGAUUGCUUCGAGGAAUGCAUCGAGGAACUACAUGAAAAUUGUGGAUAAUUCAUUGAUUGGGAGUUCUGAUGAGGUUAACAGACUCCUGGAGAGAGUAGAGGUAACUUUCGUUAAGCACUUUUCAAGCGGUAAUCGAAGAGAAGGCAUGAAGUGUCUAAGGCCAAAAGUUAAAAGAGAAAGGCACAGGGUUACAUUCUUCUCUGGUUUCUUUUCUGGUUGCUCAAUAGCACUAGUUGUUGCUGUUGUUUUCAAGAUAGAAAGUAGAAAAAUCAUGGACAAGGAUUACGGUACUGAAUACAUGGCGAAUAUUAUCCCUCUUUACAGCUUAUUUGGAUUCAUUAUUCUUCAUAUGCUCAUGUACUCGGCGAAUAUAUACUUCUGGAGGCUUUAUAGAGUCAACUACACGUUCAUCUUUGGUUUCAAGCAGGGAACAGAGUUGGGUUACAGAGAUGUUUUCCUGAUAAGCACUGGUCUUGCGGUGCUUGCUUUCGUCUGUUUCCUUCUAAAUUUGCAGCUUGAUAUGGAUUGGAGGUUGAAAGAUCAUAAGACACUCCCUGAAGUUAUUCCUUUGGGUUUGGUUACUGUUGUUCUUUUCAUACUCUUUUGUCCUUUCAACAUUAUAUACCGCUCAAGUAGAUUGUUCUUCAUUCGAGCACUGCUUCACUGUAUUUGUGCUCCUCUCUUUGAGGUUACACUUCCAGAUUUUUUCUUGGCAGACCACCUAACCAGUCAGAUACAAGCCAUAAGGAGCUUUGAGCUAUUCAUUUGCUACUAUGGCUUAGGAGAAUACUUGCAGAGGCAAAACAAGUGUCAUAGUCAUGGUGUUUACAAUGCCUUCUACUUUGUCGUUGCUGUUAUACCCUACUGGCUCCGCUUUCUCCAGUGCAUACGCAGAUUAUGCGAAGAAAAAGAAUCUGUACAUGGAUACAAUGCAUUGAAAUAUAUGUUGACAAUCAUUGCAGUCAUCAUAAGAACAGCAUAUGAACUGAAAAAGGGACGGACUUGGAUGAUUUUGGCUCUUGUAAGCUCAGGUGUAGCGACAGGGAUGAACACAUUCUGGGACAUUGUUAUAGACUGGGGACUCCUCCGUAGACAUUCUCAGAAUCCAUACCUAAGGGAUAAACUGCUUGUCCCUCACAAAAGCGUCUAUUUCGCAGCCAUGGUAGUGAAUGUGAUUCUAAGAGUAGCAUGGAUGCAGCUAGUGCUAGAGUUCAACUUGAAGUCGCUUCACAAAAUCGCAGUAACAAGCAUUAUUUCAUGUUUAGAGAUUGUUCGUCGGGGAAUAUGGAGCUUCUUCAGGUUGGAGAAUGAGCACUUGAACAAUGUGGGCAAAUACAGAGCCUUCAAGUCAGUUCCACAUCCUUUCCAUUACUACGAUGACGACGACGCUGACAAAGACGACUGACCCAUCCUAAGAAGUUAAAUAACACACUCUCUUUUUCUCUCUGAUUAAUUGUCUGAUAUGAUGAUUCACUAAAACAACAAAGAUAAUAGCCUUAAUAGGAA